AUGCCUCGAACUCUUCCCAAUCACCUAGUCUUCCAAUUAUUCAUCACAAUUUCAAUUGUUUCAUUUGCAGUCUCGUCUCUCGAAUGUAUUCAAUGUGCACCAAACAGCGCUUGGUAUUCGGAACAAGAAGAAGAAAGAAGAAUCGAGGCAUGCCGUCAAGGUCUUUUAGCUCCAAGCCCAUGCACAAAUGCGACACACACACAUUGUAUUGUCAACUGGUACCGAACAGGAGGAAGUUCUGAGAAAAUUGUGACGAAACGGCAUUGUGGAAUGGAAUCUGAUGUGACGGGAUGCACUUUGUACAACUCGAAAAUUAGCCGAAAGGUCCGCCGACAUUUACUCAGCAGAGACGAUUCUCAUGAUCGCAAGGAAUCUGUUGCAUCGUUUGUUGAGGUUUGCUCAACAUCAUGCCCUAUUGGAGAAUGUGUGAACUCAUCGAAUCUUCGUGGAGGAAUAAUCUUCCCAGUCGUUUUUGCAGUUUUAUACGCAAUUUUUCAUUAACUAAUUUCCGUUGUUUUAGAUUUAAUUAGACAUAAUUCCUAUCCAAUACCAAUUUUACGGUGUUUUUUUUCGAAAAUCCCAAUUCAACCGGUUCAAUUUGCUAUACUUUUCCCCACCAAAUCUUGCUCAUCCCAUAAAUUUUGAAUAUUUAAAAUCCAAAAUGACUUUUGUAAUUUAAUAAAACAAUUUUCAUGAAUU